GGUGUGGGGGGGGACCGGAAGUGACGGCGUGGAGACCGGAAGUCGGCCCUGUGUUGCUGGGCGCCAUGGCGGCGGCGGCGGCCGAGGAGGUGGAGGUGGAUAUCGAGGGGGACGGGGCUGAGCUGAGCCAACGUAACGACAAUGGCACAGCUUCUGAUUUCCGGCAGAACCGUUAUCUGGAUUCCUCCUGGAGAAAUGACGAAGGCUUUUUGCAGUCCUGGACUUUGGACAGCUCCAUCAGUGAAGAGAACAGAGCAGCAAUUGAGAAGAUGCUACAGGAAGAAGAAUAUUAUCUAACUGGUAAAAAUCGUUCACAAAACAUGUGGUCUGAUCGACCUGUGAAAAGCAUUCGUCAGAGGAAAACAUUGAAAGGCCGGACCCCGGUUACAAGCUCUGCUUGGCCAGCUCGCUGGACACCAAAGGAAAAAGAGCUUUUUGAACAAGGACUGGCUCAAUUUGGUCGAAGAUGGACAAAGAUUGCAAAGCUGAUUGAGUCACGGACCGUGCUACAGGUGAAGAGUUACGCCAGGCAGUACUUUAAGAGCAAGGCAAAGGCUGAAAAGUCCGUGGAGGAGGGGAGCAUCUCGCAGACCAACAUCGUGUGCGUUUCCGGUAACAAAGCCAGCGCUUUGAAAACCGGCACAGGAUCCUGCAGCUCUGCAUUGUCGCAGGGACAGACUUGCUCCACCGUGAAGAUCGAGCACAUGUCCGACGACGAAGAUGUAGAUGUCAUGGACGGAACCGACAGCGACGACGAUGGACUUGGGGAGCGUAAAGAGCGGGUAUGUGGCGCUGAUUCGAAGAGGGUGCCAGCUGAGUGUGGGUCUCAUUGCUGUAGUGUUUCUCGAGCCGAUGAACUGCUGACCGUCCCUCUGGCCUCCGCGGUGACGGUACAGGAGUUCUCUCCCACGUCCGAACCUGAGGAAGUGACGAAGGACUGCGGGCUGAGUGGGGAUAACCUUGAAGAUGUGGAUCACGGGACUGACGGAGGCGAAUUAUCACCAGGAAAAUUAUCACCAGCCGAUAGAGUCUCGGACAAUUGCAGGAAGUGUGAGCAGCCUCCGGAGGCCGCUGGUGAAGGAUCAGCAGCCCCAGGUCCGGAUUUUCUGGAGUUCAAAAGCUUGGAGGAGAAAGGGGGUCUCCGUGAUAACUCACUGGAACUCGCCGUUUGUGAAACAGAAGCUGAUGAGAACUGCGAGGACGAGGAGGAUGAGGAAGAGGAGGCUUUGAAACCGCCCGCGCAGGAGGUGAUACUGGACAAAAAUGUGAUCACAGAGGACGAGAAGCAAGCCAUCUCCGAGUUCUUUGAGGGGCGUCCGUCAAAAACACCGGAGCGCUUUCUGAAGAUCCGAAACUACAUCCUGGAUCAGUGGGAGAAGUGUAAACCCAAAUACCUGAAUAAAACAUCGGUGCGUCCAGGCCUCAAGAACUGUGGGGACGUCAACUGCAUCGGACGCAUACACACCUACCUGGAAUUAAUUGGAGCUAUAAACUUCGGCUGUGCAGAACAGGCCGUGUACAAUCGACCGCGACCUGUAGACCGAACACGUAGCAAGGAGGAAGGGAAGGACUGCGUACAGACAUAUUUGCUCGCCCAAAGGUUACAGUCAAUGCGGACCAGGAGACGGCGGGUGCGAGAUCCUUGGGGGAACUGGCGCGAUGCCAAGGAUCUCGAGGGGCAAACGUUUGAGCAUCUCACAGCAGAGGAACUGGCCAGUAGGCGUGAGGAAGAAGUGAACAGAUCACCAAGGCCAGCCAGGGGCCCACGCCAAGCAAAGAGCUCUUUCGACCCCUUCCAGCUCAUCCCGUGUCAUGCCUUCACAGAAGAGAAAAAGGAACCGUUUGAGGUGAAGGUGGCUGCCCAAGUAAUGCUAGUCAUGGAUAUGCAUGCUCAUGUGUCCAUGGCGGAGGUGAUUGGUCUAUUAGGUGGGCGAUAUUCCUCAGGAGAUAGAGUGUUAGAGAUCUGUGUUGCAGAGCCGUGCAAUAGUCUGAGCACGGGACUCCAGUGCGAGAUGGACCCGGUGUCACAGACACAGGCCUCAGAGGCUCUAGCUGGGAGAGGAUACUGCAUUGUCGGAUGGUACCAUUCCCAUCCUGCGUUCGAUCCUAAUCCGUCCCUCAGAGACAUCGAUACUCAGGCCAAAUACCAGAAUUAUUUUUCACGUGGGGGAGCUCAGUUUGUCGGGAUGAUCAUCAGUCCGUACAACAGCAGCAAUGCCUUGCCUUACUCCCAGAUCACAUGUCUUGUCGUUAGUGAGGAACUCAGCCCAGAUGGCUGCUACCGGCUUCCCUAUCAAUGCGAGUUGAAGGAAAUGAAUGAGGAGCCUCCAUGGGUGCAAAUAAUAGAUAAAGCUCGCUGGAUAAUGGAGAAAUACAAGCUAUCGCUUUGUAAUGUCCCAAUGCUCCGAAUCUUUCGCAGAGAUUCCAACCUGACCUGUUUACAGAAGCUGCUUGAAUCGAUGAGGAAAACCUUGGAAAAUCGCUGGAACGCUGCAGUUGUGGAAGAGUUUCUGACGCAGAUUGAGGAGGUGUUCCUGGCCGGUCACAGAGAGGAAGAUGGGAACACGGGGUGUGAAGCCGUCACGGCCGUGCUCCCUCCAGCAAUACCAGAAUAAUCCGGACUGCGAGAGGUUUGCAAGAUGAGGUUUGGGCGAGGCCGGUGGAGAAAGUGUUUCUCUUCCAAGAAGAUUUACUGGCCAUUUGGAAACCCAUCGCAAACAACAACAACAACUUGCAUUUAUCCACGCCA